CCAACUUAAUUAGACAAGUGGUACUGGAACAGAACAUAGCUAAUCUGGCAAUACUCUAUGAUCAAACUUUCAUGAUGGAUUUCAAAUAUAAAACUUUGCUGCUAAAUAUUGGAGCACGCCACGUUGUGACUCAAAUAAAUACUGCUAACAUACUGAGACAAUUAAUGCAAAUAAAACAAUUGGAUAUAAUGACUUAUUUCAUUCUUGGCAGUCUAAAUACGGUUAAACUAGUUUUAAAUGAGGCAAAUGAUAGUUUCUUUACGCCAAGGUUUUCAUGGUACAUUCUUACGCAAGAUAGUGAAGAUGUGAAAUGCAAUUGCAGAAAUGCUACAAUAGUUCAAGUAAGACCUGUACGCGAUGAGAGUCAUCGAAAAAGAUUAGAGUUUCUGAUCAACUCUUACCAGUUGCACGGCUCGCCACAAAUAUUGACAACGUUUUAUUUUGACUUGGCUUUGCGUUCGUUCCUAGCCAUGAGGAACCUGGUAACCACCAAUCAAAUGCCAAAAGAUAUGAAAUACAUUCCAUGCAAGGAGUACGAUGUAGAUAAGAACCCUACUCCACCUCGAGGACAAAUACCGCUCAAAAAAGCUUUGAGUGAGGUUUCAGGAGAAGAGCCGGCAUAUGGACCUUUCAAUAUCAGUACCAAAGGGAAAAACUCGAAAAGCUAUAUGCAAUUUGACAUGGAAGUAUUGGGCGUUACUAUUAAAGAUGGAGUUACACAGCCACCCGUGAAACUUGGAAAGUGGAAGGCAAGCGUAGAUCCAAGCUCUCCCAUCGAGUAUACCGAUUCGCAAAAAUUGCAGAAAUACCGCCCAGAAGUCGUGUACAGAGUGUACACCGUUGUUCAACCGCCAUUCGUAUACAUAAACCAAUCUACUCCAAGAGGGUAUUCGGGGCUAUGCAUAGACUUCAUGGACAUGGUUGCUAAACAAUCAAAAUUCGAUUAUGAAAUAAGAGUUCAAGAAAAAGACGGAUUCGGGCAGAUCGGCGAAAACGGCAAAUGGAAUGGAAUUAUGAAACAGCUAAUAGACAAAAAAGCCGACAUAGCGUUGGGAACGAUGGGGAUUAUGGCCGAAAGGGAAACGUUUGUUGACUUUACCGUUCCUUAUUACGACAUGGUAGGUUUUACGAUUUUGAUGAAGCUAACCAUACCUCCGUCCUCUUUAUUCAAAUUCUUAACGGUACUUGAACACGAAGUGUGGAUUUGCAUUCUGUCGGCUUUCUUUUUAACGAGUUUGUUAUUGUGGGCGUUCGAUCGCUGGAGUCCAUACAGCUUGCAGAACAAUCCUGAGAAGUACAUCGACGACGAAGAGAAAAGAGAGUUCCAUAUCAAAGAAUCCCUGUGGUUUUGUAUGACUUCAUUAACACCCCAAGGAGGUGGAGAGGCCCCUAAAAACUUAUCUGGUCGCUUAGUGGCAGCUACGUGGUGGUUAUUUGGAUUUAUUAUUAUCGCAUCUUAUACCGCUAACUUAGCGGCAUUUCUCACGGUUUCGCGACUAGAGGCGCCUAUAGAAUCUUUAGAUGACUUAACGAGGCAGUAUAAAAUACAGUAUUCUCCUCUUCUAGGAUCGGAAACGGCAACUUACUUUGAACGUAUGUCAAAUGUUGAAAAGAUAUUUUAUGACAUAUGGAAGAAUAUGAGCUUGAAUGACAGCUUAACUCAUGUGGAACGAGCACAAUUAGCUGUAUGGGAUUACCCAGUGAGUGACAGGUAUACAAAAAUAUGGCAAACAAUGAUAGAAGCAGGUAUGAACAAAACGUUAGCAGAUGCGGUUAAAAGAGUGAGAACCACAAAUUCGACAUCGAAACAUGCAGGUUACGCCUUCAUUGGUGAUGCCACCGAUAUUAAAUACUUAGAACUCACUACAUGCGAUUUGCAAAAGGUGGGCGAUGAAUUUUCCAGAAAACCAUACGCGUUAGCCGUCCAACAGGGUUCGCAUCUAAAAGACAUACUAAACACCGCAAUUUUGGAUCUCUUAAAUAAGGGCGAGAUGCGGAGGCUUUCGCAAAAAUGGUGGAAAGACAACCCUUACGCCGUCGAGUGCGACAAGGAAGAGGAUCAAACAGAAGGUAUCAGCGUUAAAAACAUUGGCGGCGUCUUUAUUGUUAUUUUCGUGGGCAUAUGUUUCGCGUUUAGUACCCUUAUAUUCGAGUAUUGGUAUUACAAGCAUCGUAAAGUAGGAAAUGUUGUCGAUAUCACUACUGGCAAUCCAGAAGUGUUCGAUACGGGUGGGGAAGGCAAUAAUAAAGGGGCCACAAAGCUGCCAGAAAAGAACCUACCAGAUGUUGGUGAAAAAGGUUUGAAAACACUGUCCGUGUUCCCAAGAGAGCAAUUUUAAACUCGCAUAGCAAAGAUAUCUUAAAAUCGUAAUUUGAAGUGAAUAAUUUAUUAUGUUUCUU